AUGUUAUUAUCAGAGCUACCACCCGAAAUUCUUACCCAAAUUGCUGAACUUCUAACUGCAACAGACAGGCGUUCUUGUGGUCUGGUGUGCAAGGGAUGGAAAUACCCAUUUCAAAGGGUUCUGUGGAGAGACACACGGAUCGGUUCCCCUGAAUAUAUCAGCGAAAUUAUCGAACAUGUUAAAUAUCCCCAAUAUUUAUUCAUACCAUGCCUCUUUGUCCAUAGUCUACGACUAUACAAAUAUUACUAUGCAUCAGAAAUAUCAGAUGUAAAAUUCUCUGAAAUAUUCAGAUACAUGCCAAACCUGAAGCGCCUAGAGAUAUCCAUUAUGCCAAGUAUUAUGCCUAACACAAAGAUAACAAGAACAGAAAAAAUAUGGACGUCUCUGGAAAGUCUGAAAAUACAAUACGGAAGUAAAUGCGAACAGAAAUCAGAAAAUCUACUAAACCUUGUAAAUGCCUGUAACAUGCUCCAGGAAUUAGAAAUAAUUCGAAAAGGACGGCCCUUUGGCGUAAUAUUUAGCAUGGAUGACUUUGACAGCAUGCACCAAAACUUGCAGAGCCUAUCGUCUAUUAGCAUUGAAAUGUAUCUCAAUUCUGAAUUUUCAGCUAAACUGGACACUAUCCCAAACACGACACCAGCUUUUGCCAAAGAGCUCAUACCCGUAGACGAAUUUGGAAAUGACUAUAAGACAAUCUGGGAUCCUUUGUGGCUGUACUAUUUCGGAUACAAGUAUCCAAACCUGCGUUCCCUAAAGCUAUAUGCUACGGACAUACGUAGAAACGCAACAAAUUGGGACGAGAGGCAAGCAAUUAUAUCUCGUUUUCAAUUCAAUCCAAAAGCAUUUAGAUGCCUGGAAACAUUCAGCUUCACAACCGACAGUUAUUUUUCAUUUUCCGACUUUGUUUUGUGGGAAUUGUUUUAUGCAUUAAGAGUUCCUCUUAAGCAUCUGGUCUUAGAUGCAACAAAAAGCGAAGAAGUAGACGAUUCGCACCCAAUUGAUGUGAACAGAAUCUUACAAUCGUUUUCUAAAACACUCAAGAGUCUUUCGGUUACAGGGUUUAUAUAUAAUGCUAGGGACCAAGAUCCGACUUUCAGAUUAUCUUCUUAUUAUCCGCUUUUGACGAGUCUUUGCAUCAGUGGCAGCAAUGUGUUUCUUAAUCUGGAUAAUUUAUUGGACAAAUUUGCGACUCUCAAACAGCUGAAAUUUCGUGGUGAAAAAUUGGUCAUUACUCCAAUCACGACAACAGAGAAGUCAAAACAGAAGCAGCAGAAACAUAGACUGGAGAUCUUGACGCUAGAGAGAUGUGCUGCAGACGUUAAAGUAUUUAAUUACAUCUCUUUCAGGUGUAGAAGUUUGAGACAUAUGACUUUGAAUACUUUGCACGCCACAGGAUCUAUUUCUGAAAAAACUGGAUGUUUGUUACUCGAUAUGCCACAUACUUUUUUGAAGACUCUGAACAUCGGUCAGGUUCGAUACAGCACAUCAUACGAAGAAUUGGGUACAAAAGAUGAUAUCUGUCUGACACUCCUGUCUCAAUUGAACAAUGCUCCAUUGUCAGAUGAAAAGAACGAAACAGAGCAAAAUAAGAUGGAUUCAGUAUACCCUAUAUCAGCGAUUCACAAUAUUGAUUGGCUCUAUACAUAUGAUUCCAAUGAAGGCCAAGGCAUAGACUCCCUAGAAACUAAAAAGCUCUCCAAGGAAGAAACCAACAUCGCACUUGAAUACUAUAAAAACUUCCAGUCCAACAAAAUCAAUCAAAUUUCAGAAGAGGACAACUCAUAUAACGGAGAGGACCCAAAGGCCGGCUGGGAAUACGAACUCUACAAAGGAUACGGUGAAUUGAGACUUGGCAAGAUUGAAGUUGGCUCUUUUAUAUGUGCUCCAGACGGUUACAUUUUUAAGAAAUAG